AUGUAACAACAUUAUCUUGACAGUCCUAACACAGCAAAUCCUCCUCCUUCAGCCCCAAAUCCAUCAGCAGGAGCAACUGGGGGAAGCCAUUUAGAUGAAGAUUGGUUGCUGAUUGCUGGCAUUGUACUAGCAUUUUCUUAAUUGGGUUUUGGAUUUUUGGAGGCUGGAUCUGUUAGAUAUAAGAAUGCUUAGUCAAUAGUUAUAAAGGUAUUUCUCGGAAUGUGUUUGACAGUAUUGAUAUAUUGGUUGUUCGGCUAUGGAUUUUCUUAUGGUGAUGAUUUUGGAACAUUCUUCUUGGGAGGCACAAAGCUUGGAGCAUACAAUUGGGCAGCAACAGAAGCAUAAAAUGAUUAUUCAAAUUUCGUGUUCAAAGCUACAUUAUCCUGCAUUGGAGUAUCAAUUGUAUCAGGUGGAGCAGCUGAAAGAUUAACAUUCUUAGCCUGGGGUGUUUUGGCUCUCUUUUAUUCAGGAUUCGUAUCACCUGCAAUAGUUCAUUGGACAAAUUCCAACGGUUGGUUAACUAAAUUAGGAUACAAAGACAUGGCAGGAUCAGGUUUCAUCUUCUAUUCGGCUGGUGUUGCUGCCUUAGUAGUGACAGUUGUAUCCAAACCAAGAAAAUAUAGAUUUGAUCCAAAUUCUUCUUUGAACUUCUAACCAUUCACUUCAAUAUAUGUGGCAUUUGGAACAGUCAUACUCUUUGCUACAUGGAUGUUCAUAAAUGGCGGUUAAAUUUAAUCUGGCUAAGCAACUCCAUAUGUUCAAGGAUUGGUGGCAGUUAAUACUUUGGUUGCUGGAGCUGCAGGAGGAUUUUGGAGUUUUCUUACAAGAUACUUUACAAAAGAAACAACAAGUCUAUUUUCAAUCUCUAGAGGAAUAUUGGCUGGAUUGGUGGCCAGUUCAGCAGCUGCUCAUGAAUCUUAGAUUUGGGCUACUACUAUUGUUGCUUCUAUUGCUGGCAUUGUUUACACCUUAACAGCUACAGCUUUACCUAAAGUCAAAUUAGAUGAUCCAGUCUAAGUUGUCCCUAUUUUCUUGCAUGGCGGAUUCAUUGGAGUCUUAUUUACAGGAUUAUUGGAUGUCAAUGGAGGAUUAUUCUAUGGAAAAGGAAUGAAAUUAUUGGGAUGCUAAUUGCUAGGAUUAUUGAUUAUCACAGUCUGGGUUGCCUUCUUUGUUUUCUUCAUCUUGAUAGUUCUCAAAGGAUUUGCUGUUUUGAGAAUUGAUUCAGAUGCUGAAGUAGCUGGUAUUGAUAAGGAAAAAUGUAAUUAUGAAGCCAUUUCAUUUUCAAAUGAAGAUCAAUAACAAGUCAACAUUAUUAAAUCAGUGUCACAUUGA